AUGAACUUCGUCCCCUUGAUCGUGUGUUCGCUGGCGCCUUGGGGGCUCUUCGUCUUGGUCUACAGUCUAAUGGCCUUCCAGAUCCAUUACACCCAGCCCGUCUUCUGCUACAUCGCCGUGUUCAUGCUCCUCUUCCUGGUGCUGUGCAUCGGUGCAAAGGCUGCUACGGGCCGGUUUCGGAUCUUCAGCGGCGUGGCGGCCGAGCGCGAGCCGUCCUGGCUGAUCUUCUUUGCGCUGUCGCUGCUGCUGGCGUGGAUCGUGGGCUUCGUGCAGGGCGACAAGAACUUUCAGCUCACUGGGCGCUAUUAUGACCUGGGCAAUUUGAACAACUACACGAUGGUGUACCCCAACCGCAUGCUGGGGCAGCAGCUCCUUGACGCCGGCAUCGUGCAGUUCGCCCCGGGCAGCCAGCUGGACAUCCAGAAGUCUAUGGGCUUCAAGAACGGGCAGAUGUACUGCGUCGCUCCUAUCGUGUUCGGCUCAGCCGCGCCCAUGUCCUACGAUUUCUGGGCGGUAGGCACGGAUUGCUGCAGCGGCAGCCAGGCCGACUUUUCCUGCCGCAAUUACAACAAUCCGCAGGCUAGCGGAGGUAUCAGGCUGAUGUACAGCCAAGACCGCGCCUUCUACAGGUUGGCAGUGCAGCAGGCAGAAGCAACCUACAACAUCAAGGCCUCCCACCCGCUGUUCUUCCGCUGGGAGGUCGAGCCUUCCAAGAAGGUGCUGAGCUGGCUGGUCGAGGGCCAUUCCACCUGCGCAGCCUGGAUCUUGUCUUACCUCGUCUUCCAGCGCCUUGGAACUGCACCGGGCCUGGCGCAUUUCUGUGCCCUCAUGGCCUACUUGAAGGCGGGCGACCAGGAAAACGCGCUGGAGAUGCUCCGGCAACAGGUCCGCACGAAGCUCUUCAACAAGGUGACUGCUUCUCUCGCCGCGCAGCUGGGGUACAAGGACCCCGAGGCCGGGCGGAAGGAAGACGCCCUGCGCUGGUCCUUCUACUCGGGGGACUAUGUGGUGCUGAGAGGCACGGAGACCCUGGCCACUGCCUACGCAGUGCUCAACCCGCCGCAGGAGUCUGACAGUCCUCAGGUGGAGGAGGGCCAGCUGCUGGUGGCGCAGGAGCUGCGCUCAGAGCUGCUGGGAGGUGCUGAGAGGGCGACUUUGGAGCUGGUGGAGUUGGAGGAGGCGACUUCGGUGGUCUUCAGUGGCUUGCAGGAUGACGCGUCUCGCAGGCUGCACGCCUUUUUCGGCACGCUGGCGGGGCAAGACCGGAUCACCCUCCAAGACCUCGCAGAGGAAGAGGACUUGGACUUGGAUGAGGAGGCUUUGGAGCACUGGCAGGGCUACGUGGAGAAGGCCCGUUGCGCCAUGUGCCCCGUGUGGCGUGGUCUGACUUUACGCUUCGAGGGCCCCACUCUGCGCCUGGCAUCCACCGACCCAGCGUCCGCGUCCCCGGCGUCCGGCAGGGGCCUGCCGGGGACGCUGGUGGUGGAGGCCAUCCUGGGCCCCAGCGGGCCGCUCCCCGCAGCCAUCGUCGGCACCCACACGCGGCUGCAGGCGCUCACUGCCGCGGCGCCGGCGGCGUAA